CGCCACUGGAUUUUAGCCACCGCAAGUACCGGCAGCUCCAGCAAGAGUGCCACUCCCACCCACACCCACACUUUGAUGCGCGUAGCCGCCGCGGUCCAUGGCCUCCGCCGUCACCAGUAACCUCCCCGCUGCCGCGCCGGUGCCGUACCCGCACAGGUGGCUCAGCCCGCGCGUGUCCAUCAGCCGCGACGUGGCCGCGGAUCCCGUGGCCACGACCACGCCAGAGCCCGCGAUCUCCAAGGACUUCAUCGACUUCGAGUUCAGCCUGGGCGGCUCCGCCACCAUGCUCCCCGCGGACGAGCUGUUCGCCGACGGCAAGCUGCUGCCUCUAAGGAAGGCAGCGCCUUCGCCGGAUCCGGCGGAGGCCGCCGCAGCCGCCGCCGCGCCCCCGCCGGUGCGGCCGGAGGAGAUAAUGCCGCCGGCGCCCAGCAGCGCGGAGCCGAUCAAGCCCCUCCGCGCCGCGGCGGCUGACGGCGCCGACCCCUACGUGUUGUCGCCCAAGGCGCCGAGCUGCUCCGGCCGCUGGCGCGAGCUGCUCGGGCUCAAGAGAGCUGCGGACGCGCGGAGCCCGUGCGCCGCCAAGGCCUCGGCGGUGGCGAAGACCCCCGCGCCCGCGGCCAGGUCCGCGGCGGCGAGGUCGCUCAAGCUCCUGCUCCAUCGGAACACCGGGCGCGCGCCGGACCUCGCGUCGGCGCCGCUGCUCCGCGACAGCUCCGACUCGGAGGCGUCGCUGUCGCUGUCGCUGGCGUCCUCCUCCCGCUUCUCGCACUCGUCGUCGUCGUCCUCCUCCGGCCACGACGACGCGCCCCGCCUCUCGCUCGACUCGGCCGCCGCCGCCGCCGCCGCCGACCCGCCCCGCUUCCGCCUGGCCCGCUCCUCCCACUCCCACUCCCUCCACCGCCACUCCACCUCCUCCGCCCGCGCGCGGCGCCGGCCGUCUCCGCCGGCGCUACCGCGCUGCCUGUCCGUGGACUCCCCGCGCAUGAACUCGUCGGGCAAGAUUGUGUUCCAGGGGCUAGAACUGGAACGCAGCUCCAGCUCCCCCUGCAGCUUCCACGCGGCGGCGCCCAAGCCGCGGUUCCGCGCCGUGGACCGGUCCUACUCGUCCGCCUGCGUCCGCGUGGCGCCCGUGGUGCUGAACGUCUCCGUGUGCCCGCGCCCCGUGUUCGGCUUCUUCAAGGACAGGAAGGACUCCAGCGCCAGGUCGUCGUCGCUGGGGCGGAGAGCGCCGCCGCCGCAAGGGUGGAGCGGCGAGCUGGUGGCGAGAUCGUCCGGCUGAUUUGACGCCCCCGUUUGUUUGACUUGACCAGGCAGCCGCGGGACCUCGUGCUUGUCUCGUUCCCGUGCACAGGGCUGUUCGUUGCCAUCGACCGUCAUGAUGAUGAGAGGAUGGAUAGCUUGGCUGCCGGUUGGUCUUAACUGAUUUUGUUUGUUCUUUGGAGAAGACGGCCGCGGGGGAGGCUGUAUUUUUUUUC